GGAUGUUUGCUGCAGCGUUGGGAUUGAUAAUCCGACAAUUGAAGUCCGGUUCGAGCACCUGAAUAUUGAUGCUGAAGCUUACGUCGGAAACCGCGGCGUUCCAACAUUUACCAAUUUCUUCUACAACAAAAUAAUGGAUGUAUUAAGUAACCUUCAUAUAUUUCCGACUGGAAAAAGACCAAUCUCAAUCCUUCAUGACAUAAGUGGAAUCAUCAGACCUUGCAGAAUGACUCUACUUCUCGGCCCGCCAGGCUCGGGGAAAACCACCUUACUUUUAGCUUUGGCAGGAGAGCUUGAUUCAACUCUAAAGGUUUCAGGCAGAGUGACUUACAACGGUUAUGACAUGGAUGAGUUCGUCCCUCAAAGGACGUCAGCUUACAUUGGCCAGCACGAUCUCCACAUCGGGGAAAUGACGGUCAGGGAGACGUUGGCAUUCUCUGCAAGAUGUCAAGGAGUCGGAACUCGUUAUGAUAUGCUUGCUGAGUUAUCAAGAAGAGAAAAGGAAGCAAACAUUAAACCAGAUCCCGACAUCGAUAUGUACAUGAAGGCUAUAUCUGUAAAAGGCCAGGAGAGUGUGGUUACUGAUUACAUUCUGAAAAUUUUGGGACUGGAAAUCUGUGCAGAUACUAUGGUAGGAGAUGCGAUGAUAAGAGGCAUCUCUGGAGGACAAAAGAAGCGUGUUACAACAGGUGAAAUGCUUGUGGGACCAGCUAAAGCACUUUUUAUGGAUGAGAUCUCCACUGGUCUUGACAGCUCCACGACUUACCAGAUUGUUAACUCCAUAAGGCAAUCAGUUCACAUUCUCGGAGGGACUGCGUUGAUUGCUUUACUUCAGCCUGCUCCAGAGACUUAUGACCUCUUCGACGACAUCCUCCUGCUUUCCGAGGGCCAAAUUGUGUAUCAAGGUCCUCGAGAGAACGUCCUUGAAUUCUUCGAAGAAAUGGGCUUCAAAUGUCCCGAAAGGAAGGGCAUCGCAGAUUUCUUGCAAGAAGUCACGUCAAGGAAGGAUCAACAUCAGUACUGGGCAAGCAAAGACGAACCAUACAGGUAUGUUUCAGUCAAUGAGUUUGCAGAAGCGUUUCAAUCGUUUCACGUUGGCCGCAAGCUGGGGGAAGAGCUCAGCACCCCCUUCGACAGAAGGAGAAACCACCCUGCUGCAUUAACAACAUCCAAAUACGGCAUUAGCAAGAUGGAGCUAUUGAAAGCUUGCACCUCAAGAGAAUGGCUGCUAAUGAAGAGGAACUCAUUUGUGUAUAUCUUCAAAGUAGUCCAGCUUAUAAUCCUCGGAACGAUUGCAAUGACCGUCUUUCUGCGAACCAAAAUGCACCGCCGAUCAGUGGAGGAUGGAGUCAUCUACCUGGGUGCCAUGUUUCUUGGUUUAGUUACCCAUCUAUUCAAUGGAUUCGUUGAACUUGCAAUGAGUAUUGCAAAACUGCCCAUAUUCUACAAGCAAAGAGACCUCUUGUUCUAUCCAUCAUGGGCUUAUGCACUACCCACAUGGAUUCUGAAAAUCCCCAUAUCAUUUUUGGAGUGUGCUGUUUGGAUUCUCAUGACUUAUUAUGUCAUCGGCUUCGAUCCAAAUAUAGAAAGGUUUUUCAGGCAUUAUCUGCUUUUGGUAUUGAUAAGCCAGAUGGCCUCCGGGCUUUUCCGGCUUCUUGCGGCAGUUGGAAGGGAAAUGGUUGUGGCAGAUACAUUUGGCUCCUUUGCACAGCUUGUGCUUCUGAUUCUCGGUGGUUUCCUCAUAUCACGAGAGGAUAUAAAGAAAUGGUGGAUAUGGGGAUAUUGGUCCUCUCCUUUGAUGUAUGCUCAGAAUGCAGUUGCUGUGAACGAGUUCCUUGGACAUAGCUGGCAAAAGGUUGUCAAUGCAACAGCAAGCAAUGACACACUAGGAGUCCAAAUACUAAAAGCUCGUGGGAUCUUUGUGGAUUCUAACUGGUAUUGGAUUGGAGUCGGUGCAUUGCUUGGAUAUAUUUUCCUCUUCAACAUCCUCUUUGUUCUCUUCCUCGACUGGCUUGACCCACUUGGAAAAGGUCAAACAGUAAUAUCUGAAGAGACGCUUAGGGAGAAACAUGCAAAUAGAACAGGAGAAACUGUUGAGCUGUUACCGGCCGGAGCUGACUCUUCUAAGCCAGUAUUAUCAGAAGGAAGAGGUGGUCAAAUUAUUGCAGCUGAGAACAAGAAAAAGGGAAUGGUGCUUCCAUUUUCUCCUCUUUCAAUCACCUUUGACAACAUUAAAUACUCUGUUGACAUGCCUCAGGAAAUGAAAGACAAAGGUGUGAUGGAUGACCGUCUAGUACUGCUAAAGGGAGUCAGUGGAGCCUUCAGGCCAGGAGUUCUUACAGCUUUAAUGGGAGUAAGCGGAGCAGGAAAGACAACACUAAUGGAUGUAUUGGCAGGGCGGAAAACUGGAGGUUAUAUAGAAGGAAAUAUUUGCAUAUCUGGGUAUCCCAAAAAACAGGAAACAUUUGCUCGGGUCGCAGGAUAUUGUGAACAAAAUGAUAUUCACUCCCCACAUGUCACAGUCUAUGAAUCCCUUCUUUACUCCGCGUGGCUUCGCCUACCCACUGAAGUUGACUCUGAAACAAGAAAGAUGUUCAUUGAGGAGGUCAUGGAACUAGUGGAGCUUACUUCUCUGAGGGGCGCACUAGUUGGAUUGCCCGGAGUAAAUGGCUUAUCAACUGAACAGAGAAAGAGGCUCACAAUUGCUGUUGAGCUUGUUGCUAAUCCAUCGAUCAUAUUCAUGGAUGAACCAACUUCCGGAUUAGAUGCAAGGGCAGCUGCAAUUGUAAUGAGAACCGUGAGAAACACUGUUGAUACAGGCAGAACAGUUGUAUGUACAAUCCACCAGCCCAGCAUCGACAUCUUUGAAGCUUUCGACGAGCUAUUCCUAAUGAAAAGAGGAGGAGAAGAAAUAUAUGUUGGGCCCGUAGGGCGUAAUUCAUGCCAUCUGAUCAACUACUUUGAGGGAAUUGAAGGAGUAAAAAGAAUAAAGGAUGGGUACAACCCAGCAACGUGGAUGUUAGAGGUGACUACCCUGGCCCAGGAAGAAAUUUUGGGGAUUAACUUUGCAGAAAUAUACAGAAAUUCUGAUCUCUACAGGAGAAACAAAGCUUUGAUCAGUGAACUAAGUAACCCUCCCCCAGGUUCAAAAGACCUUUUCUUCCCAACCAAAUACUCGCAGCCAUUCCUCACGCAAUGCAUGGCUUGCCUGUGGAAGCAGCACAAAUCUUACUGGCGUAAUCCUUCGUACACUGCCACCAGAAUUUUCUUCACCACUGUAAUUGCCCUCAUAUUUGGUACCAUUUUCUGGAGAUUAGGAAAAAAAGUAACCAAGCGCCAAGAUUUGUUUAAUUCAUUGGGAUCCAUGUAUGCUGCUGUUCUCUUCAUCGGUAUACAGAAUGGCCAAACUGUGCAGCCAAUUGUGGAUGUUGAGAGAACGGUUUUCUACAGAGAAAAAGCUGCCGGGAUGUACUCAGCUUUUCCGUACGCAUUUGCACAGGUUCUUAUUGAGAUUCCACACAUUUUCCUUCAAAGUGUCAUAUACGGGCUCAUCGUCUACAGUUUCAUUGGCUUCGACUGGACAGCCGAGAAAUUCCUCUGGUAUCUCUUCUUCGUGUUCUUCACGUUCAUGUACUUCACCUUCUACGGCAUGAUGGCGGUCGCCAUGACACCAAACAGCGAUAUAGCCGCCAUAGUCUCUACUGCAUUCUAUGCCAUUUGGAAUAUCUUCGCCGGCUUUAUAAUUCCUCGACCAAGGAUUCCAAUAUGGUGGAGAUGGUAUUCUUGGGCAUGUCCGAUCGCAUGGACCUUAUACGGGCUCGUGGCUUCGCAAUUUGGGGACUACGCGAAUGAAAUGGAAAAUGGAGAAAAAGUGAAAGAUUUCAUCGACCGGUAUUUUGGGUUCAGGCACGACUUCUUGGGUGUGGUGGCCGUCGCCAUCAUCGGUUACUCUGCUCUUUGCUUUCGUCUUCGCCUUCUCCAUCAGAGUAUUCAACUUCCAGAGGAGAUAAAGGGGUAUUUCCCACCGCAUCAAUGCAGCGAGGAUUGCUCAAGUGGUGCAGAUACUAAUCAAAAUUUUCUUUUAUUUUUUUGAUAUAAUUCAUGUAAAAUAGUUUGUACUAGUAUAAAUUUGGCAAAGAUUGCAACCGUUCAGAAUC